AUGCAUCUCAACCGAAAACAAGAUGAUCACAUUCUGGUUCGACAUUUCUCUAAAAAUCCUGAAAAAGAAAUAUAUAGUUUAUUCUCUGACAAUGAGAAUUUGAAUCAGUAUGCCCACUUUGAUUUGCCAUUUAACUGCAGUUGCUAUUUCUUUAAUAUUGUGGGUACUUGUAAUGGGAUUUUGUGUCUUAACGAUGAGAUGUGCUUGUGGAGUGCUUUCUAUCUUUGGAACCCAUCCAUCAGAAAAUCGGUUGAACUCCCAAAUCCUAUAUUUAGGCUAGACGGUGACUUGGAUCAAACACUGGGGUUUGGAUUCGAUACUGUUGCGAACGACUACAAGGUGGUAAGAAUAUCAAGAACUUGUUUUGGUACGCCACCUGUUGUUGAGCUUUAUAAGUUAAGCACCGGUGUUUGGAAUGACAUCAGUUAUGUCGCCCCGUCUCAUGUAAUCUUUCACAUUGCACCACAUGUGUAUCUGAAUGGAGCUUCCCACUGGGUUGCUUCCAAGUGGGAAGAAGGAUCAACUCCGACUAUGAUUGUUUCGUUUGAUAUGCAUGAUGAGACAUUCUCGGUGAUAAUAUUGCCUAAUAGUUUAGUUAGUGAGGUACAACAACAUAAUGAUAGAACAAACCUUGUUGUGUUAGACGAGUCACUUUGUUUGGUUAGUUAUAACAAAGACAAAACAAUUGAUAUUUGGAUGAUGAAAGAGUAUGGUGAAGCAGAAUCAUGGGUGAAACAUUACAACAUUACUUCUCGUCACAUUCCAUAUGAGCCUGAGGUUAAUCAUUACUUGAUAAAGCCAAUGGCUACAAGGAGAAAUGGUGAAAUGUUGUGGACAGAGAGCGAUGGACUAUUGUUGUCAGUUGAUCAUGCAGAUGAAAAGAUAAAAUAUCUUGCCAUUCGUGACUCUAUACAUACCAAUCACGUGUUUCACGAUUCACUUUAUGUUAAUUCUUACAAAGAGAGUCUUGUUUUACUUGAUAAAUGGAGAGAUUAUUAUGCUGAAGAUGCCUGUGGAGAGUCAUACGAUUCACGGAAGCCAAAGCCAAUGACGGGAGAAAUAAGUUGUUAAAGACAAACGCCAAAAAGAGACUACGGAUUACAUUUCUCUUGCACAUCAGUGGAUUGCUGUAUGUGUCAAAUAUGAAAGGAAAAUGACUGCAGAAAAAGACAGGAAAAAAAAAGGCAAGUCAAAAGACAUUCAUUGGCUUUUUAUUGCCAUUAACUAUGUUGCACCUGAUUUACAGCCUGUGGCUAUAUUGUAGCUUUUGGUAAAUGCAGGAAAAAGUUAUUGGAAAUGAUUACUUGAGUUUUGCGAAUUCUGUAUAAGAAACAAACCACAAAUCUGCAAAAAUUUCUUUCUGCAAAUUAUUCUUUUCAGUCAUUUAGUUCAGUAUGUUUUUGGUUAAAGUUUAAAUGCUGAUUCCUUAUACAUAUGACAACUUGUUCUUGUUAAUCUUAUCAAUUCCAUGCAAACAUGACCAUGCAUUGUUGGGUUCAGGCUCACGCUGUAGAUCUUCUUUGAGGUAUCGGAAGGUCAAAGUUUC